AUGCGAGAGGCAGAGCAGCUUCAAGAUCUCACCAAGUUCCCCUUCACUGCUGUCACUGUGAAGAGUGAAGAUGAUGAAGAGGAAGCUCAGUGCUCACAGCUUCAUCAGAGCCAAACUGAGGAGAACAGAGAGGCAGAGCCUCCAGCCAGCAGCUCCACUGAACAGAUGAAAACAGAAGCUGAUGGAGAGGAAGCAGCCAGGAACUCAGAUCCAGCUGCUGAUUUCCAAGCAACUAGUGAGGGCCAGCUCCUCUCUUCACACUCUUCUGAAGCUGAGACUGAUGACAGUGAUGACUGGGAGGAGAGCAGAGAGCCUCAGUCAGGUUCAAACCCACAGAGUGAACUCCUUUUCAGUGAUGAUGGAUCUGAUGAUGCAGAGAAACCAUCUUCCUGCUCUGUGAUUAAGAUUGGAGGAGAGAAAGUCUGGAGAUGCUCUCUUUGUGGUAAAAGCUCAAAACACAAAAAAACCUUAAAAGCACACUUGAAAACCCACAUAGUAGAGAAACCGUGUAGCUGCUCAAUCUGUGGUAAAAGUUAUAGAUGGAAAGGUGAACUAAAGAACCACAUGAGAGUCCACACAGGAGAGAAACCAUUCAGCUGCUCAGUCUGCAGUAAAAGUUUUGCACAGAAAAGAACUCUCACAAUGCACAUGCAAAUUCACACGGGAGAGAAAUCAUUCAUGUGCUCAGACUGUGGGAAAAUUUUUCAAUAUAAACAUAAUUUGACCAAACACACGAGGGUUCACACAGGAGAGAAACCAUAUAUGUGCUCAGUCUGCUUUAAAGGUUUUAGUGCUAAACGGAAUUUAACAGUACACAUGAGAAUCCACACAGGAGAGAAACCAUACAAGUGCUCAGUCUGUGAUAAAGGUUUUAGAUGGAAAGGUGAACUAAACAACCACACGAGAGUCCACACAGGACCAGUGAAAAAAAAAAUAGUGAACUGUUCAGUCUCUGGUAAAGAUUUAACGGUGGUACAAAGCGUCAGCACACACACGGUGAUCCACACCGAAAACAAAUCAGCUGUUCAGUCUCAGUCUUUGCUGAAGGUCUUGGUGAUAAAACUAAGUGAUAAAGCUCAUUAAAUUCAAUUGAAAAUUCU